UUGGUGGAGCGAUGAAAUCUCUUCGCGAAGGAAAAUGGAUGGCGAAAACCGAAUCAUUUUAAACGUCGGCGGAAUUCGCUACGAAACGUACAAAGCGACGUUAAAAAAAAUUCCUGCUACACGAUUAUCGCGAUUAACAGAGGCUUUAGCUAAUUAUGAUCCUGUUUUAAAUGAGUAUUUUUUUGAUAGACAUCCUGGAGUAUUCGCACAAAUUUUAAAUUAUUAUAGGACGGGAAAAUUGCAUUAUCCCACGAACGUUUGUGGUCCCCUUUUUGAGGAAGAAUUGGAGUUUUGGGGCCUUGACUCCAAUCAAGUGGAACCUUGUUGCUGGAGCACGUACAGCAUACAUCGCGAUACACAGGCAACAUUAGCAAUUUUAGACAAAUUAGAUUUAGACUCAGAAAAACCAACGGACGAAGAAGUCGCGAGAAUGUUCGGAUACGAAGAAGCUUACCACGCCGGGACUUUAACCAGGUGGCAAAAAUUAAAACCGAAAAUUUGGGCGAUUUUCGAUGAGCCCUAUUCAUCGUCCUUCGCAAAGGUACCACCGCACGACGUCAAGCUGAGAAAUAUAGUCGCUGGAAUCUCAGUUUUCUUCAUUUGCGCCUCAGUGUUAUCGUUUUGCUUGAAAACCCAUCCAGGGAUGAGACGAAACGCAACCGAUUGCAACACGACUUCAAUUAACGAUGAAGAUUACGAAUACGAUUGUUCGACGGCUUUACCAAUAUUUUAUUACGUCGAACAUAUUUGUAACGCUUGGUUUAUAUUCGAAUUACUGAUAAGAUUCGUGAUUUCACCGCAAUUAAUGCUCUUUUUAAAAUCGCCCGUUAAUAUAAUCGAUAUUGUAGCAACUUUAAGUUUUUACAUCGAUAUCACGUUAAUCAAAGAUCGCAAAUCGAACGUUUUGGAGUUUUUUAGUAUCAUUAGAAUUUUGAGAUUGUUUAAAUUAACGAGGCAUUCGCCGGGAUUAAAAAUUUUGGUUCACACUUUUAAAGCGUCGGCGAAAGAGUUGGGCCUUUUGGUGUUUUUUCUCGUUUUGGGGAUUGUUAUUUUCGCAAGUUUGGUUUAUUACGCUGAGAAAUUACAGUAUAACCCAAAUAAUAGCUUUAAAAGUAUCCCGGAAGGUUUAUGGUGGGCCAUCGUAACAAUGACGACUGUUGGAUAUGGCGAUAUGGCCCCAAAAACUUAUAUAGGAAUGUUGGUGGGCGCUUUAUGCGCAAUUGCUGGUGUUUUAACAAUCGCUUUGCCAGUUCCGGUUAUUGUAUCAAAUUUUUCAAUGUUUUAUUCUCAUACUCAGGCUAGAUCAAAAUUACCCAAAAAGCGACGAAGAGUACUCCCAGUUGAGCAACCACGAAGGAAAAAAGUCGAUACAGUCGCCCAUCGAAGAGUUAACGCCAUCAAACAUCCAUCAACGCUUUACAAAGACCCAUUUGGAAAUGCAAAACUAGGAAACAUAAACGGAGUUAACAUGAUUGGUUUGGCUUUACAAGGUCCUUCAGUACCAAGCAUCGCAGUUAUCCACCAUAACGGACCUUACUCAAUCCAACCUCACCAACAACAAGAAAUUUCAUCAGAACCCAACAAAAUGGAAAUUACCAACAAUGAUAGAGAAUCAAAAUCAGAACCAAGAGAAAUCUUAUCGGCACGAACUCUCCUCCAAGAUUUUCUCCCAACGAAACUUGACCCAGAAUUGGGAAGAACUAGUGUCCCUGCUAUGGCUAUUGGGAGUUCGACGGAAGUUUUAGUUAGUAUCAUUGAAAAUUCGGCGGGGUUUCGGAGAAAUUCAAUUUUAACAGCCGCGGUGUCAAUUAAUGAAGAUGAAAAAAGACAGGAUAAAGAUGUCAAAAAAGAAGAUGAGGAUUUUUUGAGUCCUGUUACGGAGACGACCGAAGCUGCGUCUGAAAUUGGGAAGGAAGAUAGCUCGGGGACUUUGAAUCGUUUUAAUUAUGCAGAGGGGAUUGAUAAUUGUGAUAAGGAUUGAAUUUGACCAAAAGAAUCUUAGGAUAUUUUUGUAAAUUGGUGAAAUAAAUAAAUUAAUUAA